AUGGAAAAUAGAGGUGAAAAUCUGAAGAUUAAAGAAAAAAAUGCUGAUUAUUCUAAACCCAUAUGUAAUUUUGCUUCUAAUGAUAAAUCGAAGGAACCCAUUUAUUUGAAAAUGGAAAAUAGAGAUAGCAAUUUGAAGAUGAAGGGAAAUGCUGGUGGGUUUAAAGGGAUAUUGACGAAAACCCCAAUUUCAGGGAAAGAAGAUGGAGGAGAGAGAAUGAGGGUUUUAGAAACUCUUGAUAUGUUCAGAGGUAAAUGCAAGGAACUCUCAAAAUCAAAAGCUGCAUUUGCUGCAAUUUCGGAGAAGAGAAAUAGGAUUGAUUUUAGGGCUAAGAGUGAGUUACUCGAGCAAAGGAAACUUCGCAUUUGUUCAAGUAAAACCCUCGGUUCAGUACCCGGUGUUUACGUCGGAGACCGAUUCAAGUACCGAGUCGAACUCAAUAUUGUUGGACUUCAUGGCCGAGUUCAACACGGGAUUGAUUACAUGGAGUAUGGAGGUAGGACUCUUGCUACUUGUGUAGUAGCUAGUGAAGGGUAUGAGGAUAAACUCAGUGAUUCUGAGGUGAUUACUUAUAUGGGGGAAGGUGGUAAGGAGAAGGAUUUCUUUACUGAUCAGACUCUUACUAGAGGUAACCUAGCAUUGAAGAACAGUAUGAUUGCGAAAACUGAUGUUCGUGUUGUGAGAGGGCUUAAGAUUCGAGCUAAGUUUGGGGAUUGGAGGCAUGAAAUGAUUACUUACAUCUAUGAUGGGUUGUAUAAAGUUGUGAGCUAUGAGGAGAAAUCUGGGCUGAGUAAGAAUUUGGUUUUUGAGUUUAAGCUUAAGAGGUGUACUGGACAGCCUGUUGUUCCUUGGCAUAAGUUCAAGAGGUGCUAA